AUGGUGCCCGCGCCCCGUCGAGCAUCUCCCGGUGCGGACGACCGCCAGCCUUCAGACCCCUCGGCCAUCGCAGCCUCCAAGCACUCCAAGCCGUCCACUUCGAGGUCCAGAGCUCCAUGGCCCUUGGACACAUUUUGGUCCAGCGCAGCGCGCAAACACUCGUCCGCAAAGUCUCGCUCGCCCGCAUCGCCAGAGCCGCCUCCGCUCGGCGCCACGCUCGGCAGCUCCUACGAAAGUUGCCCAGACCAACCCUUCGACUUCAACGAUCUGCCCCUCACGCCACCCGAUUCCGGCGGCUCAGCCUUCGAGCUCCAUCCUGCCACCGCCGCUCGACAGCAGCCUCCUCCGCUCGUCGCCGCCGCGACACUCGAACAGGAUUUCAAGCCGCAACAGAAACCACACAGCAAGAACGACAUCUUCAACGCCCCCAUCUCUUGGCUCACGCCUCCAUCACGCAUCAACCCCGCUCCACCCUCGCAACCUCACACCGCCGCUCCUCCGCCAUCCAAGAACUCGUCCUUCUUCUCCUCCUUCGGCUCCGCAUCCUCGCCACAGCCGCCCUUGCAGCCCCCGCCGCCACCGGCACGCCUGCACAACGCUCCGGCUCGUUCCUCAUCGUCGACACAUGCCGCCGUCACAUCCACUCGUCAGCUCGAUUCCAAGCCUGCGCCGUUUGCUCCCGCACCGACAAUACCAAGCCCCUCCGCAGCCAAGCAGCAGGCCACGGGUCGCAAACUCGGCCACUCGCGCAACUCGUCCCUCGGCCGAGCCAGCUCAGAGGAGUGCCUUCAGGAGGAAGCCAGAAUACGCGCCGCCAAGCAUGUCGACUUUCGCCUCUGCCCCACAAACGAGUUCCUCCUCGGCGAGGGCCGCCACUGCUCCGUCUAUCUGGGCAGCUACCGUCCAACGCAUGAUCCCCUUCCAGCAGCAUCCAGCUCCGACUCAGCAUACCAAGCCAGCAUGUGGCGCCUCUGCGCAAUCAAACGUCUUCACGCCGACCGUCAGAGCCAGUUGCUGGGCCUCGACGAAGCCUUUGCCCUUCGUCGCCUCGGCAUGCAUCCCAACAUCAUCCAGCUCAUCGACAUUCGUGACGAGGUGGAAUUUGCCACGGCACCCGAUCCAUCCGCCAACCCGCAUGCUUCCCGCCCCGACGUCCCCUCCGCAGGGCUAGGGCUCGGGCUCGGUCUUCCCCGCAUCGAAGGCAGAGGCGCACUGUCCACGCCGCUUGGACAUGCAAGCCACGCGAGAUCGACCAGCGAUAUGACGGGCAAGGACGAGCUCAUCUUCGAGACAAAGUCGCACAAACGCGCCCUCGCCGAAGAAAUCGAGCGUCGAGUGGCUCGCGAUUCCUUGCCUGAUUCGCACCCCGCCGAACGCACCAGAGUCGUGACUACAGAGUACAGAGCAAGUGAUCUGAGAGCCAACCCAACCUUCUUGGUGCAUGUACCCGACAGCGAUGCGCAAGAGAUCGGCGCAAACGCCAACGAGGCCGACCAGCGCAUUCACACCGCGCCUGUUCGCAGAUCGGCCAGCACCGCACUUGACCCUCCUCGCCUCCUCAUCCUGCUCGAGCUCCUGCCUCACAACCUCGCCCUUUACGCCAGGAAGCACGCUGACCGCAUCGAUCUGCAGCAGUGGCUCGACUGGGCCCAUCAGAUGGUCGAAGCCGUCGCCUUCCUUCACGACAAGGGCUGCGUGCAUGCCGACAUCAAAAAGGAGAACAUGCUGCUCACAGACGGCCUCGACAUCAAGCUCUGCGACUUCAAUUCCGCCGUCUUCCCCAACCCUAACGAUCCGCCUCGCGAUGGCCUCGGCCUCGGCACGCCCGCCUACUGUGCUCCUGAGCUGAGCCGCGCCACGGGCGGCCCGAGUGCUACGAGCUUCUCCUAUCCCAUCGACAUCUUCUCGCUCGGCGCCGUGCUCUACUCGCUCGCCACCGGCGCGGAGCCCUUCAGCAAGGCACGCAGCGUGGUCGAGAUGCUCCAUCGCAAGCGCCUCUUCUUUGAGAGCGAGGAGAACGACCGCGCCUCGCGCCUCGCUGUCGAAGCAGGCAGUAACCCCAACAGCCAACCCGCCAGUCGCAGCGGCAGUCUGCGCGGUCGGCACCCAAAGUCGUCGUCGGCCUCGAUCAACGAGACGCCCGCCGGCGCCGCUUCUCCCGCACAGCUGGCCUCCUCGCUCCAUCGCAUCCUGCAGCUGGGCUCGCCCGCACCGCGCCCGCCGCGCCGCGAAGCGAGCAGCGACAGCCUCGAGAGCGUGGCGUCGAGCAUCACCACCAUCGCAGGGCGCCAUCCAAGCUCCCUCGCCGUCUCGCGGCUGCUCGAGCCCACCGACGAACCACGCGGGCUGCUCGUCGAUCGCAGUGGGCCGAUGCGCAAGAACUCGCUGCUGUUCGCCAAGGCCGACGUCCGAAGGGCCGCAUCCACAGGCGGGCGCAAUGCGACGGCGGCGGGCAGUGCCGCCCUGCAGAGGCUGCGCAUCUCGCGCGACGAGGGAGUUUCUGCGCUCGCCUCGCCCAUCACCGCAGCUGGCGAUGACCAUGCCCCAGACGCGACGGACCAACCCGCGGUCAGGAAAGGAGCGCCGGGUGUGGCGCGCGUGACGAUGCUCGAGGCAACUUCGCGUCCCGACUGGCUACGACGCCGCUCUUCGUAUGGCGACGAGGUGCGAGCUCAGAGCGCACACCACAGCCCGUCGGACGCUGUAGCCAUUGCGCAGGUAUCAGGGUCGGAACUGGUCGCAGAGCGCGCCGACGAACUAGCCACCACCCCGACCAAGCCCAGCCGACUGCGCACUAUGUUCUCGCCCAUGUCCACUGCAUUUCCGCACCUCGGCGAACAUGACCAGCUCGUUGUGGAGAACAGUGCACACGAGACAGCCACGCAUCUGGCACCCGAUGACGACACGUCGGCGUGGGAACAGCACUCUCCGGACCUGCGCCCGUAUGCCGACGGCCAUCCCGCCAUCAUCCUCCCCGCCGGUGGACGAUUGCCAGACUGGGCCAGAGACCUCCUGCGCGACAUGCUCCACGCCGAUCCCGCCGCCAGACCCACCGCCCACCAAGUGCGCAGCCGUCUGCGCUCGGCCGCCCUCUCCUACAUUUGA